CGUGCAUUUACAGAGAGAGAAAAUAUUGCAGAAGUACCCGGAUGUGCUGUUCCAAUGCCCCUCCCUCCCUCUCUUUCUUUUUCUCUCUCCACCAACACCACUAACAUUACCAACUCAACCCACUGCCUCUUCCCCCUCCGCUGCGGACCUAACGUUAUCGAAGCCACUGCAGUCAAUCCGUCAUCCGUCGACUGAAAGCCCGAGGACAGAAUCGGAGCGACACGCUACUGCGACUUCCUCGCCCAGAAAAGUAACCGUUACCGACAGCGCCCGUUCAGUUCCGCGAGAUUCUCCGCAAGGCGAAGACAACCCCGGCCACAGAAUGGGAAAUGAGGCAAGUUAUCCUUUGGAGAUGUGCUCACACUUUGAUGCUGAUGAGAUUAAAAGACUAGGAAAGCGGUUUAAGAAACUCGACCUGGAUAACUCUGGUUCUCUCAGCGUGGAGGAGUUCAUGUCUCUACCCGAGUUGCAGCAGAACCCGCUGGUGCAGCGAGUCAUCGAAAUAUUCGACACAGACGGAAACGGAGAAGUGGACUUUAAAGAGUUCAUUGAAGGCGUCUCUCAGUUCAGCGUCAAGGGUGACAAGGAGCAGAAGCUCCGCUUUGCGUUCAGGAUUUAUGACAUGGAUAAGGAUGGCUACAUAUCCAAUGGUGAGCUGUUCCAGGUGCUGAAGAUGAUGGUUGGGAAUAACCUGAAGGACACCCAGCUGCAGCAGAUCGUCGACAAAACCAUCAUCAACGCAGACAAGGACGGGGACGGGAGGAUAUCUUUCGAGGAGUUCUGCGCUGUUGUUGGUGGCUUAGACAUUCACAAAAAGAUGGUGGUGGACGUGUGAAAAGAUGGAACCCCCCCUUUUUUCACUUCUCCAUUUCUGAGAAUCAGCUCCAGAUGUUCCGCUCACACGCUCUCUCUCUCUCUGUCCGUCGCUCUUUUUCUUGCUCUCUGUCUUUCUAUGGAAGUAUUUCUCUAAAUGAUGCCUGUUCCCCGUCUGUACUCCCCGAGCCUAGUGACGCCUGCCAUCCUAAGUGUUAUAGAGCAUGAGAUUCUUCUGUCCACGUUCUCGGGUAUUUAAGGACAGUCAGGGAAAUAGCUUCUCUGUCGAUUAUGGAGUGAUUCAGUGUGGUGGAGAAGGGAAAGACGAGGAUGUGUGUGUGAGAGAGAGAGAGAGAGAGAGAGAGAGAGAGAGAGAGCGCGUGUGUGUCUUUAUUUUUCUUUUUGAAGGAGGGAUUUUUGUAUUUAUUUUGGUCCUGUUUUUUUUAAGAUGAUCUAGGUCUACAGGGAAUGUGUGUAUGUGAGCGAUAUAUGACUUGACGCUUGAUUUCAGUGCAACAUGCUUCAAGCAUGAAGUGCCAAUCAAAAAGUGGGAUUUAACAAUAGCUGAAUAUUGGAAUCACUAUCUAAUGUUCUUCAUGUCAUGGGGAGAUUAAAAAAAGUUUAU